GAGGAAGGCGCGCUUGUCAUGCUCGCUCUCUAACCCUGGGGGCAUCCUGAAAACCUCUCCUCGGAAACCCACGGGGAAAUGGGAAACAGGAUUGACGGGUUUCACACGCUCCUCGCUAGACUGAGCCGCUCAUUAUCAUAACCGUCUGGAGAAGCGCGGCGGCGGCUCAGACGCGGGCAGCGGGACCUGCCGGGCAGCCCCAGCCGCCCACCUCCGCACGCCGAGCCGCCCGGGACCCCACGAGUGUGGGGGGAGCCCUCGCCCGCAGCUGCCGCCCAAGCGGACUGAAGGAGGAGAAGCAGCAGCACCCACGGCCGCCGCGAGCUCCCGGCUGACCCCGCGAUUUAAGGUUAUCAGAGAUGACUCUGGUUCUGUCCAUGAAUAGAUUCUGUGAUCCUAUUGUUUCGGAAGGAGCUGCUGAAAUUGCUGAGUACCAGACACUAUGGGAAUCUGACUGCUACGGCCAAUCCAGCCCCUCAAGUCCUCUCCAGGUUCCCCCACCGGGGGACAGAGGGGCUUGCCACUCUCUGGCAGGAUCACAUUACAGGGGAAUUUCAAAUCCUAUCACAACAUCCAAGAUCACAUACUUUAAGAGGAAGUAUGUGGAAGAAGAGGAUUUUCACCCACCACUCAGCAGCUGUAACCAUAAAACCAUCUCCAUCUUUGAGGAACGAGCUCACAUCCUUUACAUGUCCUUAGAAAAGCUGAAGUUUAUCGAUGACCCUGAAGUCUAUCUUCGAAGAUCUGUGCUUAUCAAUAACCUAAUGAAAAGGAUCCACGGAGAAAUUAUCAUGCAGAAUAACUGGUGCUUUUCUGCCUGCUCGUUUAGCGGCGCCGCUGCCCCCGAGUGGUUCAUGGCUCAGGACUGCCCCUACCGAAAACGGAUCCGGAUGACAAAGGAGGACUGCGAGAAGCUUCACGCCUGCUGCUUCUACCAGGAAUGCGGUGGCCACUACCUAAAUCUGCCCUUCUCUGUCAGUGCGCAUGGGGGGAGUUCUUCUGCCCCUCCCUCCUCUUUCUCCUCCUCCUCCUCCUCCACCCCCAUGUCUCUGCCGAGUUGCUCCCACCAGGUGGAUUAUGGCAUGAGCAGUGGGCCUCUUUACAGAAGUGAUGACCCGAUACCUGCCAAUGAAAUAUUCAUUACUAAUGCCAGGUCUCCUGGUGUUCAGGAAAAGGCCAAAUUAAAUGAUGAGAAAGCAAGUAAUGAAACUGAGAGAGAUGGGGUAAGCCUGAGUCGGGAACCCAUGAGAGGCGACCAUGCUCUUGAAUGUAAAGGCAAAUUUUAUGAUUAUUUUGAGACUGGGUGUAAUGAAAAAAGCAAUGUAAGUGAAUCUUGGAAAAAAUCCUUAAGGAAAAAGGAAUCUUUACCAAGUAAUAAACUGUGCUGCAGCAAAGGAAGUAAAAUAUGAGCCAUCUUUUUGCUGUAACUUUGAAGCAUGCACAGCAUGAUCAAUUAGCUAUCAUAAAUUUUAUUUUGAAUGGAUUUUAUAGUUUUGUACAACUGAUACAAUUAUGCCAUGAACAUGUCGUGUAGUUUUAAUGCCUGGAGAGCAGAUUGCAUAAAACAUCUGUACAAUCUGCAUCAGUGAGCUACUUAUAAAUAUGGAGAUUUCACAGAGAAAACAGUUGAAUUACUGCUUACAAGUAUAUCUUAGUUUUGUAACAGAAAAGACCAGUAGAUCAAAUUGGGAAUAAGGAGCCUUUUUAUAUGUCCCUUGCCUUGCAAGGAGUCUGUGACUAACUAAGAAAAGUCCUCGUUUGCCAGUUAAUUAGCUAGUUAUUCGGUAAGCACAUCAAUAUUUCAGCUAGGGUUAUCUGCUUCAUAUAUACGACACAGUAUUUAUUCUGAGUAAAAGACUGGAUAUUGUGAACCCGGGUGAGCUGGCUUCACACUCUGGUAUGGACACUGUUAAAUAUUGGUAUUUAACAGUCUUGGGUGACUGAAGAAAUUGGUAUGUAAUAUAAUGAAACACACCUGUUUAUGGAACCAUAAUAAAAACAAACUACAUGGAGUGAGUAAGCACUUGCAAGUCUCUAGCUUGCCUGUGAUGAGUAAAGAGGUUUUUGGAGGUUUGUUGUCAUACAGGGCGUUUUUUGGUGCCUUACUUUAUCUUAAUUUUUGCCAUUGUGAAAAUUAAGGAUAAAAUCAGAGUUACAGCAGGGAUUUAACAAACAGAAAAUAACACACAGGGUGGAUCAAUAUUAUUCAAAAACUGUUACAUUUGAAAUAUUGAGUUCAACUUUUUAUUCGACAUCUCUAUUCUUCCUUUUUUCAAUGCCCAAUUGCUUUUGGAUUUGGCAUUUUUAGAAAGGGAUUGAGGAAACAAUAGAGAGAUCUGUUAUAAACCAGCACUAGCUGCUUGUGCAUUUCUAUGGCAACAGUCUGUUGCUGGCAUUUGUUGUUUUUUGUUUUUGUUUUUGUUUUUUUUGUAUAAUGAAGUUCAUGAACCAGUGGCAUGCUUUACACUUUAAUCUGUUUUGCAUAAUUUCACUCCUUUAGAUUAUAAAAGCAUGUGGUUUUUUUAUAUAUGACUUUUGCUGUUAAUUAAGAAGCACAAUCUUAAUAAAUGAUGUGGCGAUCAAUAAGGUUCUAUCUUGAAUGUAAAGAUUUUAGUUUCUGAAAAGUUAUUUUGGAGAAAUGGGACUUGAAUCUACAAUGGUUAUAAUAGAUUUGGUCAAAAUUCUUCGUUUACAUCACUUAAGCAUAUACAUUUUCAAAAGUGUCCAAAAUAUCCCUUCCAUCCUUCUCUAUUCCUGAUAUACCUUUUAGCUAAAGUCUAUCCCCAUUUACAAGGUUGUUGACUGGGACAUUAUUAAACAUUGCUUCACAGGAACUUAGUAUCAAUUAAUGGAAAAAAAAUGUUCUCCCCAUCCCCGAUUUCUCCAAGAUAAAAGCUUUUUAAAAAAAUUAUUGCUAUUAAUAUUAAAUAUAGGUCUCAUUCAUACAGUGUAUGAGUAGGAUCAUCAUUUGGACAAUUGUCCACAAGGACCAAUUUUUUAAACAUGUUUUUGUGUUUUAGCUGAAUAGUCUAGUAAUGUCUGUUUUUUAUUUUCAAUAUUUGAUAAACAUUUGAUGUUAGAUAUUAGAUACUUGUAUACCAAUGUGUUGUUAUAGUAAAGUGAGGUUUUCCUUGGUAUAUAUUUAUUAAAAUGACCAAAAUUCAUUAAGAUUUUAUAUCUUUAAUGGGUAUUGAAUAUAUAUUUCUCUCUCCCGUUUCUUUCUCACUACCACAAUACUGACAAUGCCUAGAAGUUAAAGUGGAUAAUGACCAAAGAAGUUUGUCUUAUAUGAGAUAUAGUACAGAGUUUUAAAUAACAUAUCUGGCAGACUUGUGACAUUCUUAAGUAAUUUUGUUGGCUUGAAAAAUCUUAAAUGUUAAAAAAAUGUAUGAAACCUGAAGUUCCUCAUACUACUUACAUUAUAAUGGGGAUUUUAGGAAAAUGUUAAAUAUCUAACAUUUAAAAUAAUUUAUCAUUUUUUCCAAUUUUUAAAACAAAAUUCUGGUAUAAACUUAAAGCUUAAUUUUAUAUUCAUUUGUUAAGAGGAAAAGCUAGUUGAAACUUGAUCUGUCAAAUGUAACAUGUUUAUUAUGAAUUUAACAAUAACACACUUUAAAUAUGAAAAAAGGGGAAGGCUAACAAGAGGUGUUUUUUUUUUCCCUUUCUAACCAAAGAUUUUGUUUUUGAAAGGCCUAGUUAUUGAUUUUCCAGAAUCAUAUUCUUAACAGUAAGCUUUACAUAAAGCUAGUCAUAUCUUUCCAAACUGAGCACCAGCAUGUUUGCAUUCUAGAACCAGCUACAGCUACUUACUUGAAGAGUGAGUAUGGUCUUGUGUGACCCUAUACUUUAGAAUAUUGGAAUACAAAGCAUUGUCAUUUUAAACGCCCAUGUUGUUGUUCAUAGGUUAUAACUGACCCACUAAAAAUCAACUCAUUUCUAAUCCAAAGUUCCACAAUUUGUUGGGUUUUUUUAACUGAUUGAAAAGAAAUCAUAAAUUAUUUUCCCAAACUCUUUCCCAAGGGCUAGUUUAAUUGAUGAAAGUAAGUCACCUGUCUUCUCUGGGCCACAGCUUCUUCAUCUUUAAAAUGAAGAGGUUGCACUAAAUAAUCUCUAAAACCCUUUACAGGGCUUUAUGUUAGGUUAUGUUCUCUGUGAUCUUAUUUAAUGAAUUUGAAAUUCCAUCUACAUAUUGAUGUUCAGUCAAAAAUGAAUAGAAAACAUUUUUAAAGUACUUUUUAGGCCUGGAAACUUAGGGUCUAAUUUGCAUGCAACUUUUAAGGACCACAUCAAAUAUGUAAAGUAAGAUCAACAUACAACUUUAUCGUUAGAACAUAGCAUUUUGUUUGUAUGGAGGAAUGAUUAUAUUUUUUAAAAAAAUUCUAUUAAGGUCUCCAGAGAUGUUCCCUAUGAGGCUUGCUUGCAUCAUCAUAGCAUGGAGUUAGAUCUCAAAAGUAGUUAGUCUGCUAAAAUGCAGGUAUUAAUAGAUUGUACCAACUUGAAAAGCCUUUGAGGACAAGCCAUGCAGUGAAUCCAGAGAGGUUAAUCAUUUGAAAGUCAGAAAAUGUGGUAAAUUGGAGUUGGAGUGAGUAAUUGGACCUGAUGAAGAACAUUUACAAGUGUAGGUGGAUGUCAUUGUGUCAGUGGACUGACUGAUAAAAUUGUGCAUCUUUUGAAAUGCUGAAAUUUUGUAGCAAGACGAAAGCAUGAAAGAAUUAUAGUUCAGUGGCACCCAUAGAAUAAAUUUAAGACAUGGUGUUAAGGAUUUUUAUAUGUAGAAAUCACACUCAAUCCCUUCCUAACAAAAUGUUAGCAUGAAAAUAUGUUUGAGGUAGAUUGAAAACACACACAACUUUCCCUGCCUUUCUCUCUCCUGGUGUGUUGGUUACUUUUCACCCUAUCUUCUCCCAUCUUAUUGUUAAACAACAGUUACAUUCUUGUCCUCUUGUUUUAAAAUUAACUCAUAAUUGUAACUGGUUUUGUCCUGUACUUUUUAACUUUAAAAGACCUUGAGAAAAAUAGAUUUAGGACAACAUUAACUAUAAAUUUCUGAAGAUAUGAAACUAUCCAAAGAAGAAGUAUUGGUUUGAUGAAUGGUACAUAGUUUGAAAUGGAAGAUAAGGUGGUGAGGCAUUUUCUAAGAACAGUUAACUGGUAUUCAUUUUAAGAUUGCUAUGUUUUGACUUGGGAUACAGAAUAAAGGCAUUCGGGAACUUUAAAA